ACUUGUUUAUUGCGGAAAUUACGCAAUGAUAGUGCGUCAGGACUUCUAGAGGCUGCCCAUGUGUAGUUCUUUAGCAGGAAGGUAGCCUGUUCACAGAUGAACGAACGCACCAAGAAUGUUUUUGAAAAAGUGAAUUUCAGAGUUUUGUAUACUAAUUUUGGGAGACAUACAAUAGAAUUUAUCUAUAUUUUGUAUAUGCACUGAAAGUACAUUAACUAAGCCAAAACAAACGCAGACAAGAAACGUAAGCGCGGGUUGGCUGUAAAGCGGUCAUGUGACAGCAAAGUUGCGGGAAAACCGAAAAAGACUCCAGCUGGUGAACUGGUCUAGUGUUUGUCUCCUCAUAUCCUCUAAUUUUGUUCCAGAUCCAUAAUUUUGCCUGGUAUGUUAUCAAUUUCCGCAAACUUAAUAAUAAUCUUUGUAAUUAUUUGUAAUGUAUGCGUAGGUAGGUAACUGUCAGUGGACUACUAGUGUCGGAUGAAGUAGUAGGGCCGUCAAACCAGCACACUUAGACAGUAGGGCCGUCAAAUCAGGACGUUAGGGAGCGAUCUCUAGAUGCAGUAAAAAAAAAAAGUUCUUUUAGUUGUCUGGAUAAAGUUAUGGAAGAGCCGAAGAUUGAAGAAGUGAGACGGAGUAUUUAUGUCAUUUGGGAAAACCUCCAAUGUCCAAUAUGUUUGGAUUUGAUGAGCUCUCCCGUCUCCACAAAAUGUGACCAUCAGUUUUGCAGGUUUUGCAUAAUGAAGCUGCUGGACAAUGGCAAGACGCGGGAGGCCAGCUGUCCAGUUUGCAAAGCGAAGGUGACUAAAAGAAGUUUGCAGGAGAGCCCUGGGUUCAAGAGACUGGUGGAGGGACUGAAGGGUUUGGUGCAGGCCUUUGAAGACGACACUUGUGUGGGAUAUAACAAUAAAGUGUCCCAGAAGCUAGAAAACUAUGGUGCUGUGGAGAGGAGAUGCAAAGAGGUUCAGCUCGAGGAAGGAACCACGUCUGAAAGCAGACCUGUAAAAAGCACUGCUGACAAUAGCCAGUCCAAAGGAUCUGAGGACAUUACAACUCCUUCCGCUGAAGUUAAGGAAGGUUUCGCAAGACUCAUGGACCUUAAAGAUUCCUGUGCCAUCACCUCUGACAGAGAGGAUUUGGAGAGCGCAGCUGCUGACUUUCAGCGUACCUCUGGAGGAAAAGCGGAUAAGAACAGCAGGUCUGGUCAUUCUGGUCCAGAAACGCAGGUUCCACCUCUACAAUUUAAAAAGAAGGUCGCUGGUGAAGAAGACACAAUCCCAAAAGAAACGGAGGGGCAAAUCAGUGAAGGUGGAGAAACACGACCCUCAGAUCCAGAUGCGAUUUUAGACAAAAGACAGAAGAAAAGCCUGGAAAAGGUAUCUGAGUGGCUUUUAAAUAUCUCCCCAAGUGCCGCAGGCAAAGGUGGUUCAGAUCCCAGUUGCAGUUCCCAGCGUGAGUCAGAGGACUGCUUGUCUGAUGGAAACACUAGUUCAUCCACGGUGGAAAAAGAGAAAGAUGAGGAUGAAAUUAGGAAACCUAAGAGGUCUGGACACAGCCUUUGUCUUGAGGAAAAAGUGUUUGGAGUGGUCUACAAGAGGGGUCGAAAGUCUGUGAGACCCCAGGUAAACAGCUGUUUAGAAAAAGUGAAGGCUAGUGAGAUCUCACACCUGUCUCCUUCCAGUCCGAUUAAGACACCAACGAAAGCUGCUAAGAGGAGUAGCAGCAAAUUGAGUCCUGAUUUUAUUAAGAGACCUCACAUUGAACUGGAGGAUGGAAAUUCUGGGAAAAGGGUGAGUGGCACAGAAUUGUGUGAAAUGGGAGAAAUCAAUGGGAAGGAGACAAAGGGAUGUGAGUCUUCAGAAGAGAAGGAAGAACUAAAAGUCAGCCCUGUCUUUGAGGUGCCGCUUCAAACUACAAGGACACACAAAACUAAAAUGCAGGGGGUGUCGCAAGAGGCAGGAAGCAACCUGGUACAGAUGGACAAAGUGGAGGAAAACGCUAAAGAAAAUAAUGCAUCAAGUGAUAAAAAGUGCCUGUCUAAUAAGAAAAGGAAAACCGUGGCUCGUAAGAGGCUUUCUAAAGGAACUAAGGCACUGGACCUGGUUACUGUUGAAAUAAACGACCCAGAUCCCGUGCUGAAACCCACAAAAGGAAUUCCCAUUGAGGCCGAUGUUCAGAUCGACAGCUACUCCAGUAGUGAGGACCCAGGGACCCCUGGUCUCAAGUCAUUCAGGCGGAGUGAAAGGUUGAAGCUGUUUACAGAGGAGGUUCAAGGAAACAGAAAGAAGGCCUUGCCAAAGAGGUCCACAAAGAAUGGGCAGGAGAAGAAUAUUACAGCACCUGACGCAGUUGAAAAGGUUCUUACUCCAUUGACAAUGGAGGCGAAGAAGACUGUUGUUAGGAAUGGGUGUGUAGCUUUUGUGGAUUUGUCAGGCAUUGAGGACGACAAGUUAAGUGUUGGCAGAAACUUGGGCCAGUGCGACCAGAAGCCGUGCCAUACUGAAACAGACCUUCCUAUGUCUAAUAGUGUUGUAGAAGGUCUUCAGGUUACCCUGGCAUGUUCACCUGUCUUGACUGACCACCCAGUGUCCCCAAGGAAACAUGGGUCAGAUGCUGUAGUACCUCUAUCCCCUGGGAACUUAACAAAUGAGCUAACAGAUGCUGAGUUUAAACAAGAUAGAAUCGACAGUGAAUUAGACACUGAACAGUUGCUGAAAACCUUUAAAACCACAAAGAGAAGAUCUUUCUGCAUCGGUAGUCCCAGUAACAAAUGGUUGAACAGAGGUUUAUUUAAUUCUGAAAAGCUGCCGAAUCCAGAGGUUAAGCAGAGUAAAGAUAAAAUACUCACAACACCCGAGUUAGUUUGCGUGGCUGAUUCUGCAGAAUUAGUGCAGCAAGAUGCAGAGAGCUUGUCUUUAGGUGUGGAAAAUCAUUCAGUUUCCACAGAUUCAUCUAAUCCUAAAGGGUCUCCUAAGAGCAGUAGGGUUGGAUGCCUAAGGAAGAGUGAUGCACUUCUGAAUAUAUCAGCAUCUAAGUCCAAGGAUUCGGUAGAGCAGCUAUGUUUAAAUGCCUUGGAAAAUAAUCACAGUCGUUCAGUCUGUGGUUCUAGUGGUAUGGUUGAGUCCAAUGGAGUCAAAUUCCCUGUAAGAAAACAAAAAAAACAAAGUUCUGCACAUAUAGUCAGCAAUGAGGAAGUGGGCCCUGAGCUUGUCUUCACUGCUUCUGAAGAGGAACCACAAAACCCUUCUGGAAGGAUCACUGAGGAGCCGCACCCAGGACUACAGAGUACAACUCCUGGAGACCCUUCAGGAAGUGCAGAUGUUGGAGCUUGUAACUUGGAUACAGUGUCUCCUGUGUGGGGAGUCAAUAACUUAUCGACAUCCUCCAUGACCCCAGAUGAUCUACUGCCUCCAAAUAUUGUUGUUCUCGCUUCCAGCAGAAGUGCAGCUAGUUCCAGAUCAGAGGAUCUUCCGCUUCAGUUGUGCAGUCAGAUAAAUUUAUUGAAGCGGAGAAGACCUCAGAAACUGGAGUCUUCAGAGUCUGAGGACAGCGGAGAAGAUGACCAGCUCCCUUCACUGGCCAAGCUGUUAGGACAUACCAGCUCUCAUUCGGAGGAUCUCCCCCUCCUGGGCCAAGAAUGUUCUAAAAAACGUUCCAGUGGUGAGGCAUAUCUUUCUGAAGUGCCAGACAGAUGCCUGAGUCCCUGCUCUGCUCCAGAGGGAGUCCCUGCCAGCCAGGUGUCUGUUGACCUCUUUGGAACUCCAGAAGAGUGUGAAGGUGGUGCUAGUGGGCAUGGAUUCUCUGGAGACUCUUCACAAUUUUCCAGUGAAAUUAUUGGCACCCAGCAAAAGCUAGCCAUGCAGCAGGAGCUGCGCAGGCUACAGCAGAUGAUGGUUCUCGUCACAGAGGCCCUGCACCAGAAGGAGGGUGGCGGCAAGCCGAGGCCACCUCCCCCCUCUGCGUCUGCAGUGAGCGCAGGCGCCCAUCCCUGCCCGACCUCACCCUGUGACAGCCGGACAAGAGCGAGCAUCUCUAGACCCCAGACCCCCCCGCCUGGCCAGGCCCUCGUAUCCCCCACCCAGAAGCGGACCCUGGAUCCUGUCUGCACCCUUCCUGGUCCUUUAGCCUCAGAAGUCCAACAAGAUGAAGGCAACAUCGCAGCAGAGGGCGACGGAGACGAGAUCGCUACGGCGACACUGGAACGGAGAGAGGGCAGAGCCCGACACUGCUCCACCGGAAUGCCCGUGGGGACCACAGGGGUGGAGCAUGGCCCGAGAGGUGAAACCUGCUUGCCCCCAUCGCAGCCGCGUAGCGACACGCCCAGGCAGCCGACCCAAAGCCGCGCCAGAUGCGGCAAAAUGCUUCUUGUGGCUUCUGGGCUGAGCACGGCAGAGCUGUCAGUGGUAAAGAAGUUUGCCAGAAAGAUGGGGGGCAGUGUGUGUGCGGAGGUGACCCCAGAAACUACCCACAUCAUCAUCAAGACGGACGGCAAGCUUGUGUGUGAACGCACGCUGAAGUACUUUCUGGGCAUCGCCGGGCGCAAGUGGGUGGUCAGCUUCCACUGGGUCACUCAGUGCUUCAAACAAGGAAGGCUCCUGCAGGAAGCACUGUUUGAGGUUCGAGGUGACACUGCAAAUGGGCCAGACCACCAAGGUCCAAUGCGAGCCCGCAUCACCGAUGAGCAGAAGCUGCUGAUGAGAGGCUUUGAGAUCUGCUUCCAAGGCUCCUUCACCAACAUGACAUCAGGUCAGAUGGAGUGGAUGGUGCAGCUGUGUGGGGCGAUAGUGGUUAAAGAUCCUUCCCUCUUCACAGCAGAAUGUAAGUCUAACCUACGGUUUGUGGUGGUGCCUGGAGAUUCCCAGACGGAUUACAAAGCUGUCCAGCAGAGGGCGAUGGUGGUGUCCCGGGCCUGGUUACUGGACUCUGUGGCUACUUACACCCUCCAGAAUCCUGACGACUAUACAGUCUGAGCUGGCUGUCCCGGGGGGGGGGGUACUCUGGGCCGUGGGCCCUCCCCAGCAUGGUCUUGAAAUACUGUGGGAGAUGUCAGCUUUUUUUUCACCCCCACCACAGUUCUCAGCACUUUAUGUCCCCCCCCCCUCUUUUUUUUAAUGUAUGCUGCAGCAUCUUUGGUCCUGGGACCCAUUUGAAUGUACGCGUUUGUAUGCAAAAAAGACAAACCCACACAUUUUGCUCUCAUUUUUGACCCAUGACCUCAUUCUUUAUCAGCGUAUCCCGUGUUGCACCAAUAUAAAUGUUGUUUUUGUGUUUACUUUCACUUCUGUGUUCCUCCUGCAUCAAAGGGGGAAAAACUGCAUCGAAAGCUGUCUGCAGG